AUGGGCAACUCGCGCCGCACCAGCAGUCGACGCGCCUCGUCCGUCCACCGCGAAGACCUAGAGGAAACGGCGCCACACUUGCUUGAUCGCACCGGAUCUCAGGAAUUCAGUGUCGUGGAGAGCGUGGCUGUCCAGGAAGUCUCGACUGAAGACGAGACUCCAGAUGUGGAACCAGCAACAUGGCCGCGGUCGGUGAGGUAUCUAGUCUUGCUUUGUGCAUUCCUGACCAGCUUGAGCUUCGGCGUAACUCAAGUGCCGCUGCUAUACGUCUUCAGGCUUAUGACUUGUGACGCCUACUACAAAGAUCAUCCUUCUGGAGUUGUGCACGGACUUGGGCGGUCCUCCACGACGGCAACCUGGACAUCAGUCCUCUCUGCAGCAAUGGGACCAUCCGUCCACAUGACAAGCCCAGGCACUGGAAACGACUCUGAUAGAUGUUCUAUCCAUCCAAUUGAAAGCGCAACAGCCUUAUCAGUGUCCUUGCUGGGUGCCAGCACCACCGUUUUCGGCACAUUGAACCUCUUUCUGACCGGCAGCUUGAUCAAGCGCAUCGGGGUCAAGCCGACAUUGAUGACCCAGGUGUUCUUCCCUGCCCUCAGGUUGCUGAUACAAAUUGUGGGUGUCGAGGUCUGGGGCACCGCAGGCAUCAUCAUCAUUCAGUGCUCGCAGAUCGUCACCAUCGUUGGGGGACCCAGUGGGUAUAUGCUAGCGCUGAACACCUUCAUUACCGAUGUUGUGGAGCACGAGGGCCGGACAGCGGCGCUCGGUAGGCUGACCGGUAGCAUGAUGUUUGGCUCUGCCCUGGGCUUUUUGCUGGGCGGUGUUGUGGCCGAGGCUUUCGAUAUCAAGGCUCCUUUCCGUUUAACCUUGAUGCUCUUUUUGACUUCUUGUGCCUAUGUUUUCGUCUUCCUGCCGCACAUCCCGCCCCCACCAAAAGAAGUCGACCCGGACUCGAUCAAGGCGAAGAAGACAAAGAUGACUUCAGCCAUCACCAAGUUCUUCGGUCCUUUGAUGGUUUUUGCGCCCCGGAAAUUCGUCACAAGAGACGGUAUCGUGCGAACAGAGUACGGUGCAUUUCUGCUCGCAUGGGGAGUUUUUCUUGGAAUUCUAGCCACAGGGUAUCUGCCCACGUUGUUACAACUCUAUUCAACAGACGUCUUCGACUUUGGGACACAGCAGAAUGGCGGCCUCAUCUUUAUGUACUCAAUGCUGAGGGGCGUCUUCUUGACAUUUGCGUUUCCGAAGUUGAUCGCCAUUGGAAGGAAGUGGAUGCUGAAGAGAGACGAGCGGCACAUGGCAAAUGCAGAAGAUUCCAGGCCAUCGGAACGUGCACCACUUUUGGCAGAAGACCGAGAGCAAGCCGGCGCCAACGGCAUGCGCAACUCAAAAGACAAAGAACCGCAAAAGGAGCAAACGUUUGCUUUUGAUCUGACGUACACGAGAUUCUCGCUGGUUGCUGAUGGACUUCUGACACUGCUUUGCUCCUUUGUUCGCCAGGGCUGGCAAAUGUAUCUUGUGGCAGUAGUUCUGCCCUUUGCCGCCGGAACUGGUUCGGCGGCAAAAGGGACCGUCCUUCAAAUGGUGGGAAGUUCUGCUAGCAGCAGCGAACGUACAGAUGCUCUCGCCGGAGUAUCAUUGGUUGAAAACAUGGCUCGACUGUCGACGACGUUUGUCUUUGGUGUCAUUUUUGCAGCGUUUGCGAGUAUUGGGAGAACGGAGCUUGUUUUCACGUGCAACGCGGCUGUCGCAUUGAUAGGGUUCGGGGUUUUGGUAUUCGCUCGCUUUCCACCAGAAGGCAGUCGCAGACUUGAUCAAAAGGACGACGUGAAUUCUGCGUCAUGA